AUGGAUAUGGAAGGAAAAGUGCCCACUUCGCCCCCGAACGCUGCAGCCGGAUCGAAUACUGGUGGUAAGGAACAGAUCCAACAUCCCAAAAACACUCAAGCUGGAGAACGCAAAGAGUACAAGCAGUACAACGAAGACGGUAUUGUCAACAAGUUCCACGAAUCUCGAGGAGAAGCCGAGGCUAAGGCUGAUCCUAACAGAGACUAUGCGACACAGACGAUAAUCAAAGACGUCAAAGUAGUUAAAGGGACUCAGCAAUGA